UCACUUAGUUUGCAGUCGGGAUUGUAUUUGAACGGAUGCAAGUUCUUUGCUUAUUGGAUGCAGUAAUCUUCAUACUCAGUGGUACACGAAAAGGUCCCCGAUUGGAAGUAAUAAUGCAUGGGUUGAGUGCAGUUUUAAUUUUGCUGGCAAUAAUAUCAUUAAUUCAUGCUUUGAAAGAAAAUGAACCUUGUAUUGAUCCCGCUGGUGAGCAAGGGGAAUGUAUCUAUCUACGGGAAUGCGAUCCACUGGUCAAGAUCCUACAAAAAGGAGUAUUUACACCGCAGGAAAGGAAUUUUAUAACUCGAAGUCGCUGCGGUAUGACUGCCGAGAGGAAAAACUUGGUUUGCUGCAAGGGAGUCAUUGAUGAGGGACUUCCGGAGCCUCCUAAAUGUGGUGUAGAUUUCAGCAACCGCAUUCACGGAGGACAAGAAACCGAAAUGGACGAGUUCCCGUGGACUGGCUUGAUCAAUUACCGUUUGCCCAACGGCAAAACCGGCUUUCAUUGUGGUGCCUCAUUGAUUAACUCUCGAUACGCGGUUACCGCGGCCCAUUGUAUCCAAGCCAUUCCUCGUAGCUGGAGUGUGAUAGGAGUCCGCUUGGGUGAGUGGGAUUUGAGUAAGGAGCGCGAUUGCGAAAGCGAUAACGCUACUUGCACGGAUGCACCGGUUGAUUUGGGCAUAGAGCGGAUCAUUGUUCACGAAGAAUAUGAUGCACAAAACAAGGCUCAGUACAAUGAUAUUGCUUUGAUUCGGUUCAACCGAAAUGUUCACAUGUCGUCGUACAUUGCUCCGAUUUGUUUGCCUCAUAGGGAUCCUCAACGGUCGCGUGAUCAUGUUGGCACCAUGGGGUACGCCGCUGGAUGGGGCCAAACCGAAAAAGGUACUGCUAGCAACGUCAAACUAAAAGUCAAACUGGAAGUUAAAGAUUUCCGAGGUUGCGUGAACACCUACAGGCCUGCCGGAUUGAUUCUCCGGGACACGCAGCUAUGCGCCGGUGGUGUAAAGGGUGAAGAUACUUGCAGUGGAGAUUCAGGAGGGCCAUUCACUAAGCUGGAUCGAUCGAACAAUUAUCUGAUCGGAAUUGUCAGCUUCGGUCCUAACAAGUGCGGAACUGCGGGUGUUCCGGGGGUUUACACAAACGUUGCCAUGUAUACUGAUUGGAUCAAGAAAAACGUCAGACCUAUCAGCAGAACCGAACUGAUAGUGAAGGGUGAUGAUACCGCACCGGGAUCGUGGCCCUGGCAUGUGGCUUUAUACCACAGGAAGGGUCGAUCAGACAGCUACGCAUGUGGUGGAACGCUUAUCAGCGAGCAGUUUGUGCUAACGGCAGCGCACUGUGUUCUUCAUCAAGGGAACCGACACCAGUUGGCCAAUAAUAGGAUUUUCGUUCGGCUAGGAGUACAUGAUUUGAAUAUUCUGAAUACCCAAACCUUGCAGCAACAUGAGAUCUAUAAAAUUUAUAAAUCAGAUAAUUUUACGGGACUGGACUUCAAUUAUGACAUUGCCAUACUUGAACUCACCACAUUGGCCAAAUUCAACGAUUAUGUGCAACCGGCUUGUAUUAGCAUCUCGGAUAGUCUCACCGGACAGUUCGGAACGGUGGUGGGCUGGGGAAUUACGGAAGAUGAUGUGACUUCACCGAUUUUAAAAAGCGCAAGAAUGCCGGUCGUCGACAGUAUAACUUGUCUCGAAAGUAAUCGAGCCGUAUUUGGGGCAACUUUGAACAACGGCAUUUUUUGCGCCGGAUAUACGAACGGUACCAGUGUGUGUAACGGCGACAGUGGCGGAGGAAUUUUUUUCCAAGUGGGUAACCUCUGGUACUUGGGUGGCAUUGUGUCCUACGCGCAAAAACGGUCUGACAACAGUAAUCUGUGCGAAACUAUGAGCUAUGGAGCCUUCACAAAUGUACGCGCUUAUCUGACUUGGAUUUCUUCGAUAACUAAACUUGUUUUCCAUACAAACAACGACGUGCUGACAGCGGAUGACUUACGUCCCGAUUUUGGGCGGUGCGAACCAAGAGACGUGGACCCAUCAUUAACCUACCCGAACCUACUGCCCCGGAACUGUGGAAUUUAUAACACCAAUCGGAUUAUUCAGGGCCAGAAAACGAACGUUUUUGAGUUUGCGUGGAUGGCAAUAAUUAGAUACAAUUUGGAUCAGGACUAUGAGCUAGACAACUUAUGCACAGGAACUCUCAUCAGUAGACGUUACGUUCUGACAGCAGCCCAUUGCGUGAGGUCUAGUAAAGCACCCAAAAAAGUGAGAUUAGGAGAACAUACAAUUGGGCAAGACAGAGAUUGCAAUGGCUUAGGUGACGACAGUGACUGCGCUCCGCCUGUCCGUGACUACGGGAUCGAAUGCAUCAUCAGACAUCCAAGCUACAGCCCGCGCCAAAGAUUGCACAACAUUGCUCUGAUUAGGCUCGAUAGGGAAGUUCAACUCGAUGAUCAUAUCCACCCGAUUUGUUUACCGGUUACGGAAGAUUUAAUGCAGCUCAAGCCUGAAAAAUACAUCAUUACCGGAUGGGGCAACACGGAGCACGGUCUGCCAUCUAAGGUUUUGCUGAAAACGGUGGUCCGGUUAGCUAACCGAUCCACCUGCCAAAACUGGAUGAAUAUCGCUGGAUGGAAGUUGGAUCCGAGCCAGCUUUGCGUGGGUGAAAUGGAUGGCGCCGAUUCAUGCCGAGGGGAUGGCGGUGGACCAUUAGGCUUCAGUGUCCGCUACAAUGGGCUGCGUUUUGUGCAGUUUGGAGUUGUCUCGUUUGGGUCCGGGUGCGAUAAAACAGCGGAGUGCACCAGUCCAGUUGGGAAGAACGGUCUAUGCAAGCCACUUCAAGAGUGUCGAUCGAUUGCGAAACUUUUACCGCCUGAACCAAUAACGUCGCCGGAUAUCUUGGGCUUUUUGAAUGCAAGUCGGUGUUCAGUGCCGGAUGUUAAGAAUUCAAUUCCAUUGUUUUGCUGCCCAAUGGAAAGAAUUCCAAAACUGCCCAACUGCGGAAUUGGGGAAACCUUCCGUCUGAUUGGGGGUCAAUCAGUAUUUUUGAGUGAAUUCGCAUGGACCGCCGUGAUUGAGUAUCGUCACCGUGUGGAGGGCUCGAUCCGACCUCAUUGCGGUGCUACGCUGGUUAGCCCCAGAUAUGUCCUUACGGCGGCACACUGUAUUCCUUUGGACACUGAUGAUUGGAAAGCAGUUAGCGUUCGACUGGGUGAGCACGAUCUGAGCACUUCGCCUGAUUGUGAUAACGAAAUGUGCGCUGAUACUCCAAUUACUGCGGGCAUCGAAAAGAUCGUCGUUCAUGAAGGGUACGACCCACUCAACAAGGGACGCUAUGACGACAUUGCACUCGUUCGACUCGAUAGAGAGAUUGAAUUCGGUGUGGAUGUUUCACCCGUUUGUUUGCCUUUCAGAGAAUCAGAUCGGACUCGAAAUAUAACUGGAGAAUGGGAGGCUAAGUCCAUUGGAUGGGGUUUGUCGAGAUCUGCAAACGCAUCAAACGAAAAGUUGAAAGUUAAACUCAACAUUUUGGAUCGAAAACAAUGCUCUGAUUUGGAUGGAGUGAUACUAAGAGAUACACAGUUUUGCACCAAAAUCAGAAAUAAUAAGGAUAUCUGCUCUGCCGACUCUGGAGGUUCACUGAUCUUGAGAGAAUCAAAGCAUCAUAUGGCCAACAUUCUGUAUGGAAUUGCAAGCUACGGAAAGAGUGGACUUUGUGGUACCAAAGAAGAGACAGCAGUUUUCACCGACGUCACUAAAUACGUUGAUUGGAUCGACAACAACAUCGAGUUGUAGUCGUGCAGUAACGUAAAUUUACUAAGGCAUUAUUUACAAGCUUAAUUGCCGUACUUCAUCUUGCUAGAAUGUCAUUGAUAGAAAUAAAUCUAAACUUUUACAAAAUAAAUAGAAAGCAGAAUGUU